AUGUUGACAUUAUUGUUCCUGCUGACGUGCUCGGCCCUCAUCGUACUCGGACGGCGAGCCGAGUCCAGCGACUGCUCAGCGUUUUCCACCGACGGCCUGGCCGGCAGCCACUUUCAGUACUAUCGAUUUUACGACUUCAGAAACAUCAGCGCAAGCAGCACCGAUAGGAGAUCCCGACGACGCGAUGCUGCUGACGUGUCAAAUCGCACAGUCGUCGACAGCUCCUGGACGGAUGACUGGUACGUGCGAGACUUCCCGCGAGCUUCACCUGGUGGGCACUCGAUACCGGUGAACUUCAUUCCGGAGCGUGUCGAGAUCGUCAAUAGCACCAAUGAGUCCGAACACUAUGGCACCUACCUCUCUCUAAGCACCGCUCGUGUGGACGAGGAGAACCAAGAAUCCGGUGAAAUCACCUUUUCCGAAUUCAACGUCACGUCGGCCUCGAUCCGCGUCCUGGGCCGCGUCCGCGGCGCCCCUGGAGGCGUCGCAGGCAUCUUCACCUACCAGAACGACACGCAAGAGUCGGACAUCGAGCUCUUCACCCGCGCUCCCGGCACCUUCGUGCAGUAUUCCAACCAGCCUUCAUCGUGCGGCGAGCCGGAUUGGAUCCCUAUUCCGGGAGCGACCGUCAAUAACACCAUCCCGCAGCAUCGCACAUACUCGGACUGGUUGGUCCACCGGCUCGAUUGGGUGCCCGGCCGGAGUGUCUUCUUCGUCAAUAAUGAGCAGACCAACACGACGGAUCUGCAUGUUCCUGUCUCGGACCCGCCCAGCGCCGUUUACCUGGACAUGUGGUCGGCCAACUCGACGUGGUCAGGCAGUAUGGAUAUUGGACAAAAUGCUUCUUUCGAUAUUCAGUGGGUGGAGCUGGUGUUCAAUACCACGGACGAAAUGAUCGAGGAAAGAACAGAAGGGCCAGUCUGUGCUGUGGGCGCCAUUGACUUGCAGGCCGUGGAAGAGUCUGGUGCCGGCAGAGUCCUUCUCAUGCCUGGCGUAGUUGCCCUCCUCCUCCUAACAGCAUUCGCUCAGCUACUGUCUAAGUAG